CAUAUUUAUAAACUCCAGCGACAGCUAUGGCGAUUCCCGAAUGGAUUUAAACUGACAGCUGUAUCGACUGCCCGCCAUGUUUAACUUUUUCAAGCGAAAAGGCGGGAAGGCCGAAUCGUCACCCGAGGCAACACGAAAACAGCCGACGCCCAAGCCAGGCUCAGUCGAAUCUCGCGCGCCGUCCGGCGAAUAUGACAUAACGAACGAAAAAACUGGCACACUAAGGAAAGAUGUAGUGAACCUGCUCAUACCGGAGACGGACUACAGCAACCAGAAAACAGGGGUAGGUGCCCUGCUCCAGAUAAUGGCGGGGAAACGUAAAAGGGGCAAAAGAAAACGCGAUACUAAAUCGCCGCAGGAGAAUACGCAAGCUAAACGCGCCGAGGUAGCGACACCCACGCCCGCCGAAAAUACACAAGACGAAAUUCAAACGUCGGACGAUCCCGCGGAGUUUGUGAAAGCGCUAGUGCUGCAGAAAUACGCGAAACAAGAACCAAAACAACACGUGUCUUUAAUCUACGUGUCAAAUGAACAAGAGCUUGAGGAAAAGAGACACGCGGAAGCGCUCCUGCGCGAGAUAGCCAAAAGCAUUGACUGCAACAUUGAUUUGGAUGAAGACCAAAUGGGAACCACGGACAGCAAGGACAUAAUCGAGAGGAAAGAGAGAAGAGAGCCGGUUCACGAAACAUUGGACAGCAAAUCCAUUAGGGAAUACAAAAACGACUUGAAAGGCGAACUGAACAAGUUACUAGACGUUACAGAGAGUAACAAUGAAUCGGAGAGUCCCGAAUCACUCAAUAGAAAAUCGAAUUUAAAACCACCCAGAUCAGAUAACGAAGGUUGUUCCGAUGACGAUAGAUCAGACAACGGUAAAAAACGUGUGACGUUCCGUAAACAUAUCAUAUUCGAUGACGGUGAGCAGCAAACUGAUGAAGAAGUGGAUUCCUCAUUCGAAUCCCUUACUUCUGAAGAGGCUGACUAUUUGGAAGAUUUACCCGAUAACGACGAGCUGCUAGGAGGUUAUGUAGUGUCCAAAAAUGAUCAUACAACAUCGAUUAAUUUGAACGAACCCAUUAUUAAAGUUGAGUGUGUUGACGAUUUGCGGAGAAUAACAAAUGACAAUAGUGACAGUGGAUUUAUUGAGUGCACGAACGAGUCGGGCGACGAGACGAGUGAUGUUAAGAGUAUUGUUGAGUGCGACGAGAGUGGAGAAAGUGAGGAUAGUGGGGAAGAAGAAGAAGAAGAAGAAGAAGAAGAGAUUAUAGAGGAGACCAUAGAAGAAAUAGAGGAGAGCUACAUAGAUGUCGUAAAUGAUGAAGAGACUGGAAAUAUAGCUGAUGAUGUGAAAGGUCUUGUGAACCAGGAGACAAGAUUCCAGACUCAGGUGGCAACGUUGACUGAGCUCGCGGAAACGAGAUGCAGCGAGGCAGAGAACGCGAGAGAGCUGAUAGUGGCGUGCAGGAAAGAGAUAGAAGAGAAGGACCAGCAAAUAGAACAACUCAAAUGCGACUUGGCAGCCGCUUACAAGGAGGCCGAGAUGGUGCGACAGCGGAGCCGAUCCCUGGAGGAAGAACUGGUAGCCGCGAGGAAAUGCUCCGCGGACUUGGCUGACGAGUUGCACAGGCGGAUUGAGGAAGCAGUCAGACAACUGCGAUCUGAACUGGAGGAUGCGAUCUCAAGGAGAGCUGAGCUGGAGUCUAGGGUACAAGUGCUGGAGCGAGAUAAAGAGAGACUGGAAUGUGAGAAGCUGCAACAAGAACAGAAAGCGAAAGAGACUCUCGAAGCAGCGGAGGAGAACACGAUAAAAUGGCGCGCGGCGCACGAGGCCGCGCGGUCGCAAGCCGCAGCGCGCGCAGAACGGAUGCUGGCGGACUGCGAGUGGAAGAUGAGGGAGUUGGAGAAGAGAGCCAGGGAUGCGGAGAAAGAGAAGAAAGAGUUAACAGAAACAGUCCAACAGCUAAAAGCUGCACCACCGACGCCCUCCCACGUCGCAGAACUCCAGCAGCUGAGAGGACUGGCAUCUGAGCAACAGAGGUCGGUUCAGUCCCUCACUCUACAGAUCCAGAAGGUAGAGACGAGAGAAGAGGCCUUGAAACUAGAAGUGCACAGACUGAAGGACCUGUUGGAGAAGCAGGCCAGGAUACAGAAGGAUAAAGAAGAACAGCACUUGCAUGCAAUAGAACGUCUAGAACAGCAGCAUUCCGAAAAAGUUACAGCGCUUAAAGCGGAACACUCCGAAGCCGUUGCGAACGCGUCCAGCGCCCGCGCAACGCUUGAGAGAGCACACGCCGAGCGGACGAGGACGACUCUAGCGCAGCUUCGCACCGAGGCCGAGAAGGACGCCAGAAACGCGGACAGGAAGCUCAGGGAACUUACUACCAGGUUCGAGAACCUAAAGGAGGUGCUCGCGUCAAAAGAAACUCAGUUCGAACGCGCGAUCGCUGAAGCUAACAGCAAGGCGGACUGGGAUAUCCUCCAGUUACGCCACCUGCUGGACAAGGCGGACAUCGCCUACGCCAAUAACAUCGAGGCCAUGAACCAACGCUUCGAGAAGGAGAGAGAACAAUUAAUAAGCGAGUGGUCAGAGAAGGUUAGAGAAGUAGAAGAACAGGCAAGCACGGCGGCAGCGGAGGCGAAGAAGGUUCUAGAAGCGACAAGAAUGAAACUGAUCGCGGAAAAGAACGAGGUCAUGAACAAGCUGAGAGAUAAACAUCAACAGGAAGUUGACGAUCAAUGGGAGUACUUCAUGUCAGACAAGGAGAACUGUCUGGAACGCAUGAAGGCGGAGUGCCGGCAAGAGGGAGAGGAAGAGAGACUCAAGAGAGAGAAAGAACUACUCGAGGAAAUUGCAGAACUGAAAUCGCAAAUUCACUCGAAAGACACAGACUACGACCAACUGUCAACGAAGGCGGCCGCUUGCGGGCGGGAACUGGCCGUCACAGAGCAAGAGCUGAGAGAAGCACUGGCGAGAGAGAAAGAGCUCCGCGAGAAGAGAUCAGAAGAUGCGACCAAGAUCAAACAGCUGGGGCGAGCUAACCAAGAGCAAGUGGAGCAUUUGACUAGAAAAUGUGCUUGCUUGAGGAAACUCUUCGACGAUAUGCGUGCUCGUCUUGCUGCUCGCGAGCGUGACUUCGAGCAAGAAGCUCGCGCACGAGACAAGGAACUGCAUCAGCUCCGAGCAGAAGUCGCCAGGCUGACCAAGAUACUCGUUGAGCAGAGCUCCCCAAAGCUCGGCGCAAGGACGCGGGCGGACGGCUGCGAGACGUCUUCCAAAGCGGAGUCUUUUUUCUGCAAGGUCGCGCCUCAAGCGUGUGAGACGCAACCUAACGAGCCGCGCCGAAAAGGCGGAACUCUCCGAACGCCAGAGCCGUUCAGAAAGCGUCUAACACUACCCGAUCUACAACCGCUUCCGCCGGAAGCGCGCCGCAACAACACAGUGUAUGAAAAUGGCCGCCCGCGCGCCAAAAGCGUCGACCUACCUGCAGUGCAAGUACCCGUGCGCAUCAGACAACUUGAGAUGAAGAAUAAUACUAGAACAUAAUUUCACCUACCCUACACAAAAAUAAAUAAAAUAUAAAAAAAAUUGAGGCGUAAUUUUACUUGUAAAUAUAAAAAAAAAUGGCCGCUGUCGCGCCAAAAACUUCGAACUGCCAGUUAUGAAAAUCCACUUCGAAUCAAUAACCUUGAGAUGAUAAAUAAUACUAAAUCAUUGCUUAGAUAAAUGGAAGCAAACCUACACAAAAUUACAUUAUAAUUUAAUAAACUCAACACAAUUAAAUUA